AAACGGCAGCCGGCCGCCAAGGAGCGUGGAUGUGCGUGUUGGUGCGUGCUGUUGCGCGUCGUAGUUGUGCGGAGUUGCGAGCUGCCGUCUGCUGUGCGACAUGUGACACGACCAGAGGCCGCAACAGGUGAUGUUCGCGCUGGUGUCGCUGGCGGCGUGCUUGUGGUCAGCGCUGCGGCCGGCCGCCGCCGUCUCGUGCGAGGAGGCCCGGCUGCGCUGCGCCUACCGCCGCGGCUGCGGCAUGGCGCUCAGCAAGUACGUGGUGGGCUGCUCGGCCGUGCUGCACGGCGACUCCCCCCUCUGCCCCGAGGCGUGCCAGCUGGCGCUCAUCGCGCUCACGUCGUCCGAGGAGGGCCAGCAGCUCAUGACGUGCGACUGCUCGGACGACCUGUGCCACGACUCGAAGCAACGGGCGGAGAUAUGCCGACCGCAAGUGCUGGUCGCCACCCGCAAUGAAACUGUGGUGAGCUGCCACGUGGCACAGUGGAUCUGCGCCGCCGACGCGCUCUGCUCCACGGCGCUGGACUACUACCACCGCUUCUGCCGCCCCAUGUUCCACGGCCGCAAGUGCACGCCGCGCUGCAACAACAGCAUCUCCAUCCUGCGGCGCCAGGAGAAGGCGGCCAAGCUGGGCAGCUGCCGCUGCGACGGCCGCGAGGAGUACGACUGCCCGCGCAUCCAAGCCAACAUGGCGCGCCUGUGCUUCCACCACGAGCAGCAGGCCGAGUCUCUGCCGCCGACGCCUGCGAGGACCGCCCAAGGAAGUGGUGCUCGCCCUUCGGCCACCAUCUGGUCCGCGCUUCUGGUGCUGGUGUGCUGCCUCGUCACUUGACCCAGGGCGGAUACUUCAGCAGCGAAAACUGCACACUCGCACUUCUACCUCAAGCACCGCUGGCUGUCUUUACGACACUAUGACACUCUGUGGCCACACGUAUGUACCCUGUAGAGUGACUCGUCCCCCAGGUUUGUCGUAAUGUGCAGUGUGUCUCGAGGCGAAUGCUACAGUGGCGACAACAACCGCACAUUCACCCAUCUACCUCAAGCAGCGUUAGCUGCCCUCACACCACAAAGCAUAUUAUAUCAACCAUAAAGAUGGUAGCAUCUGCCACAUGUGAUAUUCAGUACUUAGCUUGAUUUUGUUUGGUCGGUAGCCAACGUUAUAAAUUAAGUAGAUGUUUAUAUGGUCUCUUAAGGUUCGGUGUCACCUGUCACAUACUUAGUGUUGAUGAUUUUAAUUUUAUUGAUAUUAGCUGAUAUUGUUCUGUAAAUACAAUUCGAUAGCUGUCUUGAUAUUGUGGUUGGCUCAUAUUUUCAAUCUGUUAAAAGCCUUUGGAAGUUAUCAUAAUUAUGAAUACUUGGGUGACUCUUUCCCACUCUUUGACUAUACUUAGUAAAUAUAUGUAGAGAAAAUUGAGAUGAAACUGAAAUAAGAAUGCUAUUGUGACAAAUUUUCAGGAAAACCACUAAAAUAAUAGUUAUGACAAUAAAAUUAAAUAAAA